CUCAUCUUUUCCACUGAAUACAUGAAGAGAGAUGCACUCUGGUUGUGCGAAUGGCUUUCUACAGUGAAGGAAAUACAAAGGUAUGAACGCAAAUCACUUACGCGUGCAGCAGCUUCUCAGUCAGUAUCAUAUCCCACCCAAAUUGCGCUCCAAAACUGCCUUCAAUUGAUAGAACCUGAAACACUUUUAAGACGGUUCUCGCACGUGCUCCGCAUUGGUAUCUCGAGGAGCCCCGUGCCCAGAAUUUCUCGAACCUCCGUACUUUUGCGCCAUCUAUGA